CUUCUGCUUGACUAAUAAGAGAAGGUAAGACAAGGAGCUCUCCGGAGACCACCAUCACUACCACAACAACAAUCAUGUCUUGCCAGCGUUAUUCUCGUCUUGUGCUCUCUGGAGCAGCAGCUAUGAGGACUGUCACCCAUCAACAGAUAUGUUGGUCGACAAGAAGAGAGAAGACUUGAAGAUGCAAGAGCCAAGAGACAACCUGUCGAUCACAGGUGAGGAGGAACUGUAAUAACUGUAACAAGCGGGGUCUGAGCCUCGUGUCCUGCGCCAGACAGCAAGUGGCCAUCAAGGAGAGUCCUGUUUCAGGUGCCGCUCGCUCUCCCGCCCUCAAGGGAAUCACACCUUCAGCCACCGACCUGGUGGCGUCUUUACCGGACCAGGAGGGCCUCAACGUCAAGUUCGGUGACGGGAGUGCCAGCCAGAUGCCGUACGUGUGGCUCCGUGACAACUGUCAAUGUUCCAAGUGUUACAAUCCCGUGGCAUUGGGGAGGAGCUUCCUCUUGGAGGACCUCGACGUCAACGUCCACGCCACCAAAGUUCAGGAAAGUGAAGACGGGGUGGAGAUAGAGUGGAGUGACGGUCACAGCAGCCAGUUCACAGCAGAGUGGCUGUAUGACCGAGCCUUUACGACCUCCGCUCGAGCACAGCAGCGUAACAGAUACGCUCUCAGCAGGGAGCCAUGGGGUGUGGAGCACAAGCCAGCAGAGUUCGACUACCAGACUCUGAUGGAGGACGAGAAGGUGCUGCUGGACUGGCUACUGACGAUGGAGACGAAGGGAUCCGCCUUAGUGAAGAACACACCAAACAGGGACGUGGCCGGACCUGACCUUAUCAACAACAUCGCCUUCGUCAAGCAGUCCCACUACGGACCUCACUCACCAGUCAUCAACAGAGAAAACACCAACAACGUCGCCUUCACCAACGUUAAGCUGGGCAUGCACAACGACCUAGCCCAGUAUGAGCAAAUGGCCGGGAUCAUCUUCAUCCAGUGCGUGAUGCAGCACCAGGGGAAGGGAGGUGAGAGCGUCAUCAGCGAUGGUCUCUUAGCCGCCGAGUGCCUGAGGAGGGACCACCCAGAGGCCUUCCAGGUGUUGACCACCACCGACGCCUACUUCUGGGACAAGGGCCACGCUAACUUCCCCUGGGAGAUGGAGAGCUUCUUUAAGAUAUCCAAGAGGCCGAUAAUAACGCUAAACAACGACAACGAAGUCGUGUGUGUGGCAAUGAACAACGGCGUCCGUCACUCUUACCUCGACCUUCCCUCCCACAAGGUCAAGAAAUUCUACGCUGCCCUGAAGCUCUUCAACGACAUCCUCUACGACAAUGCCAUCAGGUUCAAGAUGGAGGCGGGUGACAUGAUGACGCUGGACAACAUACGCUGCCUACAUGGUCGUGAGGGCUAUGAGGACUUCAGUCCGCGACACAUUGAGUCUUCCUACCUGGACUGGGACGAGGCUCUCUGCCGCCGACGUCGCCUUCAGGAGAAACUUGGACUCUUCGUGUAAAACAAAGCUUCAAUAAGUGUCCCGUUGCUGUUGAUCGUCAUGCACCUUACAGGAGUCUACAAUUGUUGUGAACUGAAGGACUGAAAAAAAUCAAAUUUCAUUUUGCGUAUUUUACCACAUAUAUUCUUUGUUAAUCUAUAUAUUUUGAUAAUAAUAUUCAUCAUAUUUCAUGCAUAAUUUUUCACGUACAUUUUCAUGCUCAACAAUCAUAUACAAACAUUUUCCACGUGAUUCAUUUUAUAAUGUUUGAUUUAUUAUUAGGUUUUACAUUUAUCAUCAUUUAUCUAUAUAUCCGAACACUUCUCCGUAUUUAUAUUUAAGCAAAUAUUUAACCAUAAUUAUCGUAUACAAACUUAACCCUCACUUACUGUACACAACACGUAUGCUGUACAGUAUAUGCCUUCAAUAAGCACUUAAUUACUGUUUAACCUCUAAGUGGUUAUAAGUAAACAACCAGUGACGCUGUGUGUAUCAUCGGCCACAUAAUAUAAGUGACCAUAUAUUACUUAUAUUAUAACUUAAACAUAAAAGAUAAUCAUCUAUUUUUUUAUUUUCACAUUGUAAUCGAAUGUUAUUGUUGUAUUUAAGUGACUCUUUUUUAUUUCUUAUGUUAAUUAAUUCGUACGUGUUUAGAGAUUUAUAUAUUAUUAAAACAAAAUUGUUAAUACAGAAUUAAUAAAUUAUUUUCCAUA